AUGCCACCUCAACCGGGACCGUUCGGCCAACAACCGAAUCCGUUUGCUCCACAGGCUGCUCUCUUCUACGGCCAACAACCGCAGUUUAGCCAGGCGGCUGCCGAUUCACGUCGUGGUAGUCACGGAACAACAAGUUCAAGUUCGGCGGGCAGCCAUACUGGCACGCCGUCUCCGCAUCAUGGCCCGCAACCGCCGCCGCCAUCGCCGGCCACGGCCUAUCACUUAUUUCGAUUCGGCAACUGGUAA